CGACUAUUCACCUCCGCAUCAAAUCCCGCCUCGGUUCUCUCACAACGCUCCUUCUCACACCCUGCCGACUUCAUCGAUUCCACAGCCGUCGAACUCGCUCUUCACUACCACAUCAUGUCUUCCCCACGCGCUCAAUCGCCCGCCAAUGUCGGAUCUACGACAGCACGCCCUGCGUCCCCAAAGCCGCCAGGUGGCCCCGCGACCGUGAUGCGAAGGAAAGCUGCUGCGGACCGCGCCGAGAAGACUGCGAACCAGAGGCCAAGCUCGACAAGGUCAGCUGGCGCAGGUGGAAGCUCAAGCACCAUGUUGCGUCUCUACACCGACGAGUCCCCUGGCCUCAAGGUUGACCCUGUGGUUGUCAUGACUCUUUCUGUUGUCUUCAUCUUCUCCGUUGUCGCCCUCCAUGGUAUGUUGACAUCUAUCUCUCCCGUUCCCGCACAGCCGCAAAUGCUCACACAUCCUAGUCAUUGCCAAGGUUAUGCGCCGAUUCUCAGCAUAAGAACUUCAACAUCUCAAUAUUUCUAUCUUUCCCUCCCUCCCCAUAUGGCAGGCGCUCUGCAGCAGCGACGCCCACUUCCUCCUUGUCUCACUCAACGAACGGUUACAUCCAAUGGCUCGGUCUGAG